GCAGCUGGGAGCCGCCGCCCGCCCGCCGCCUCCGCUCCUAGCCCGCGGGGCUGCGUCGCCGGCUCCGGCUCCCGCUCCCAUCGACUAGAGCUCCUCUCUGGCUCCCGGGGCUGCGGGGGCGGGGGCGGGGUCGAGAUGGCCUUGUUGAGGGCCUGGAGGCCGAGGUUUUGAAGGGGAAGGGGGGGGACUGCCAGCAUGGAUUCCGAGCAGCGGCCCGCGGCAGCAACGGUGGGUGCAGGAGACGGAGGCACCCCGGGGCUGGAGGCGGCUCCCCCGCCUGCCCCCGGCCCGGCUGCCGCCGUCCCAGGACCCUCACCCGUGCCGGGGCCCGAAACAGGACCCGGGCCGAUGCGGCGGCAGCUCGGGGCCCUCCUCCAGCCAGCGGUCAACAAGUUCUCCCUCCGGGUAUUCGGUAGCCACAAGGCGGUGGAGAUAGAGCAGGAGCGGGUCAAGUCAGCCGGAGCCUGGAUCAUCCAUCCCUACAGCGACUUCCGAUUUUACUGGGACCUGAUCAUGCUACUGUUAAUGGUGGGGAAUCUUAUUGUCCUCCCCGUGGGCAUCACCUUUUUCAAGGAGGAAAACUCCCCACCCUGGAUUGUCUUCAAUGUCCUCUCCGACACCUUUUUCCUGCUGGACCUGGUGCUGAAUUUCAGGACGGGGAUUGUGGUAGAAGAAGGAGCAGAGAUUCUCCUGGCCCCUCAUGCCAUCCGAACUCGAUACCUCCGCACCUGGUUUUUAGUGGAUCUCAUCUCCUCCAUUCCAGUGGACUACAUCUUCCUUGUGGUGGAAUUGGAACCACAAUUAGAUGCUGAGGUUUACAAGACAGCCAGGGCGCUUCGAAUUGUCCGUUUCACCAAGAUCCUCAGCCUUCUGCGGCUGCUCCGCCUCUCCCGCCUCAUCCGAUACAUCCACCAAUGGGAGGAGAUCUUUCACAUGACCUAUGACCUGGCCAGUGCUGUGGUUCGGAUCUUCAAUCUCAUUGGGAUGAUGCUACUGUUGUGUCACUGGGAUGGCUGCCUACAAUUCCUGGUCCCAAUGCUCCAGGACUUUCCUCCUGACUGCUGGGUCUCCAUCAACCACAUGGUGAACCACUCGUGGGGCCGCCAAUAUUCUCAUGCCCUCUUCAAAGCCAUGAGCCACAUGCUCUGCAUAGGCUAUGGGCAGCAAGCACCUCAGGGCAUGCCAGAUGUCUGGCUCACCAUGCUUAGCAUGAUUGUGGGUGCCACGUGCUAUGCCAUGUUCAUUGGUCAUGCCACUGCCCUCAUCCAGUCUCUUGACUCAUCCCGUCGCCAGUACCAAGAGAAGUAUAAGCAGGUGGAGCAGUACAUGUCCUUCCACAAACUGCCAGCUGAUACCCGUCAACGCAUACAUGAGUACUAUGAACAUCGCUACCAGGGCAAAAUGUUUGAUGAGGAGAGCAUCCUGGGGGAGCUGAGUGAGCCACUGCGUGAGGAGAUCAUUAACUUCACCUGUAGGGGCCUGGUGGCCCACAUGCCCCUGUUUGCUCAUGCUGACCCCAGUUUUGUUACUGCCGUGCUCACCAAACUUCGAUUUGAGGUCUUCCAACCAGGUGACCUCGUGGUUCGUGAGGGCUCAGUAGGCAGAAAGAUGUACUUCAUCCAGCAUGGACUACUCAGUGUGCUGACUCGGGGUGCCUGGGACACUCGUCUCACUGAUGGCUCUUACUUUGGGGAAAUCUGCCUACUGACUAGGGGCAGGAGAACAGCUAGCGUGAGGGCUGACACCUAUUGUCGCCUCUACUCACUCAGUGUGGACCACUUUAAUGCAGUACUAGAGGAAUUCCCCAUGAUGCGGAGAGCCUUUGAGACAGUGGCCAUGGACAGGUUGCACCGAAUUGGAAAGAAAAAUUCCCUGCUUCAGCGGAAGCGUUCAGAACCCAGCCCAGGAAAUGGUGGUGGGGGAAUCAUGGAACAGCAUCUGGUACAGCAUGACCGGGACAUGGCCCGGGGAGUAAAGGGGCUGGCCCCAGGCACUGGUGCUCGCCUGAGUGGAAAGCCAGUGCUGUGGGAGCCCCUGGUCCAUGCCCCGCUACAGGCAGCUGCAGUCACCUCUAAUGUGGCCAUUGCUCUAACCCAUCACGGGGCACCUCUGCCCCUCUCCCCAGACUCUCCUGCCAUUCUUCUUGCUCGCUCUGCUCGACGAUCAGGUGGCUCACUGGCCUCACCGCUGGUACCUGCUCGGGGACCCCCUUUGUUGGCUCAAGGGCCUUGGGCAUCCACGUCCCUCCUGCCUGCACCAGCAGCCCGAACUCUUCACGCCAGCUUAUCCCGGGCAGGCCGCUCGCAGGUUUCCCUGUUAGGUCCCCCACCUGGUGGGGGUGGACGGCGGCUAGGGCCCAGGGGACGGCCACUUUCAGCAUCACAACCUUCACUUCCUCACCGAGCAGCUGGGGAAUGCUCCCCUGGGCGCAAGGGCUCAGGAGGUGAGCGCUUGCCCCCUUCGGGGCUCUUAUCCAGGAUCCCAGGUACCGCCCCACCCCUCAGGCCUCUUGCCACUGAUCCAGGUGCCACCAAGGGCCCUCAACUUCCUGCAAACAUGUGAGAACUCCUGGGUACAUCUAACCUUGAUUGUGAGAGAAGGUGUGGGUGCUUUGAUGUCGAUGGCUACCACAAACAAAGCAUCACACACUGCAGGUGUCUCCCUUUACUGCGAAGUGGAAAUGUCUACAUAACCUUUAGCCCUGCCUGACAUGUCUCCAUCACUGCCAAAUAGAAGUAUCUCCAUGCCCUUUGCUUAGAGCAUUUCCCUGGCCAUAGACCUUCCCAGAUACAGGCACUUUACCCUCUUCCCCACUCAACAGGGCAUGAGGAUCUUCUUAUCCUCUUCACUGCCAGGUAGAAAGAUGUCUUCUCUUCUCCCAGCUCCUGCAUCCCUCUACUCAUGAGCCCUUUUGGGGCAGACACCCCAUUACUGCCUAGUGUGGCUACCUUCCUGUUCCCCCACUAUUGCCAAAACCACAGGCCUCAUGCCCCUUGUUUGGGCAUCCACCUUUGCUGUCAUCACUGCCAUUUGUAGGCACCUACCCGUCUACAGCCCUCUCACUGAAUACAAACACCUCUUGCCCAAACGGGUAUCUCUUACCAGCUUUCCUCAAUCCUAUCUUUGUGGUAGAAAAAUCUUCUUGUGAACAAAGAGCCACAUCCUCCCUCUGCUCCUAACCGGUUGUACCCCUGGGGAUGGGGAAUGUCCAGCCCUUGCCUAAUGAAUGUGCCAGCCUAGGAGCCCUAGCAGCUGAAUCCUUAGGUAAUUAAUGAUUUAUUUAUGUAUUGCCCUCUCUCUUAGAGGGAAGGGGAAAGACAGAGGCGGUCUCUCUCCUCUUGCCAGCUCUGUGGCCCUCGCCUAGCUCCAUCAGCCCUGUGGGGGGAAGGAAGGGCCACCUGGGGUAGGUGUGGGGGCAGUUUUUCCUUUUAGGUGUCUUUUUUUCCUAUGCUGUGAGAGAGUGGGGAAAGGGUGAGAAUCCAAGUGGAGUGGGGGAAAGACGGGAACAGGGUACGGGUGGGGCAGACCAGCCAGCACCUCUGCCUUCUCAGGGAUACAGGAAGCCCCCCAACUUCCCCCUCUGUCCUUGUCUUCCCCUUCCAUAACAUUAGCCUAGGAAGAACAAGAGCUAGAACCCUGGCAUAAAGCUCCCCUGCCAAGCUCUGGGCUCUGGGAUUCUUAGUGUAUGUAUGUCUGUGUGGAGGAAUUAUUUUAUUGGGUUUUUUUUAAAUGUUUGUUUACAGAUAGUUGAAUAUAUAUUUUAAAAAAUGUCCCUUUUGAUUCCUGGUGUGCAUGGGGUACAGCAGUGAGCUUUAGGAUAAGCAUGUGAACACUAGAUUAAGGGAAAAGCAUCUAGGCAAAUGAUAACAGGGUGUUCACUGAAGAAGAAGAGGAGGGGUGAGCAUUGUCUGGGGGACAGCAGCCGGGAUGAGAAAGGAAGUGGGGAUGACUUUGGGGACUGGCCCAGAUGUCAGAGCCAUCCUAUAUCAUUUCCUUCUCUAGCCUGGAGUGGGAUAUUGUGGUGCCAUAAAAGUAAUGCUAGAGCUGGGGUCAGAGGAGCUGGUUUCAAAUCCUGACUCCCACUCACUAUUUAGGUUUUCUUGGACAAAUUAUCUCCUUUCUCUAAGCCUUAGAAUCAGGUCUGUUCCAGAGCUAUACCUUGGGAUUCUGAGUCCACGUGUGCUUUCAAUAUUGGCAACAACUAAUGAGUUAAUGCUACAGGAUGCAGGAUUUGAACCUUCUGAAAAAGGAGCAUUACUUUCUCUAUUUAGGGAAUUCAGGGAUCCCCUGAACAUAUGAUGCCCUCUCCUCUAUAUCAUCUCUAAUUCCCACUACUGGGUGGGUUAGAGGAACUCCAGGAGAAGGAGUUAACCAGCUGAGCUGAGAUCAAUAACUUAGGGCAUUUUAGCAGCCAGGUGGGGAUUGGAUGCAAUCACAUUCAGGCAAUAUUGAGGAUGAUGGAUAUUUUAUUGAACACUUACUUCCAAGAAGCUUCAAGGAACUAUAAAACCUGGUGACAGAAGAGGGCCCCCAGGGACAGCACGUAGGAACUAGAAAGGGGCUGUGGUCUCUGAGAAGGUUUACAAAGGGAUGACGUUUCAGCAUGUGGGGGGCAAGUGGAGGAAUUAUCUUUUAGAGUUGGGGAAGGGUCUAUAUGAAGGGGUGUCAUUGGGUGGGGGAAGUCACCUACAUUGGAAUAUGGUCCUGAGGGUUCAGACACA